CCCACGCGUCCAAAGCUCACAUGGCGCCCAUGCCAUUAACAAGCUCAAGCUAGCUCCAUUGAAUUCGUUGCACCCCCACAGCUAAAUAUAUACCAGCGGCCGCAUGUCGCGCCCUCAGCUCAAGCCACCGCCUAGCCACGCCCAUACUUGUUGUAGCACAACAACACGUAGCCUUCUCUUCCUCCCUGCCUCCUCCUCGUUGGUCCGCCCGUCGUCGCUCCUCACACUCGGCCGGCCUCGGCGGCGAGGGCAGACCGCCAUCAGGUGUGUGUCGUCGCCAGCAGCCGGGUCGGAGGAGCCGAGCAGCGGUAGAAGUAGCAGUGUUGCCGCUGCUUCGGCCAUGGCGGCGGUGCGUGUGAAGGCGGUGGCGACGAUCAAGGUCACCGUGGGUGGGUUCCUCAGCAGCUUGAGGCCAUCGAGGGCGAUCGACGACGUCAAGGACCUGAUCGGCAGGUCGCUCUACCUCGAGCUCGUCAGCUCAGAGCUUGACGCGAAGACGGGGCAGGAGAAACCAACGCUCCGGAGCUACGCCCACAGGGUGGCGGACAACGACGAGGAGGUCGUGACCUACGAGGCCGACUUCGACGUGCCGGCGGGCUUCGGCGCGGUCGGCGCCGUGCUGGUCACCAACGAGCACCGCACGGCGAUGUUACUCGAGGACGUCAACCUGUCAUCGUUGGCCGCCGAUGACGAUGACGGCGACGACGCCGCCCCGCUCCUCACCAUCCGGUGCAACUCGUACGUGCAGCCCAAGUGUGGCGACGGCGUCGGCGCCGCGCCGGGGAAGCGCGUCUUCUUCGCUAACAAGCCUUACCUGCCGAGCCAGACGCCAGCCGGUCUGCAGAGCUACCGCAAGAAGGACCUGGAGCAGAAGCGUGGCAAUGGCCGCGGACAGAGGAAGGCCACCGACCGUAUCUACGACUACGACGUGUACAACGACCUCGCCGACCCCGACAACGACGCUGGCAAGGCCCGGCCGGUCCUCGGCGGCAACAAACAGUUCCCUUACCCGCGCCGCUGCCGCACCGGCCGGCCCCCAUCGUCCAAAGGUAAACGUCGUCGUUCAAACAACGCAUCGAUCACGCAGGCGCAUGUCGGAAUCGGUUGCUCACGAUCGUUCGAUCUUUUCCAUGCGCAUGCAGAUCCCAAGACGGAGACGAGGAGCGGCGACAACUACGUGCCGAGGGACGAGGCGUUCUCGGAGGUGAAGACGCUGCAGUUCUCCGUGACGACGCUGCGGUCGGUGCUCCACGCCGCCGUGCCGGCCGUCCAGUCCACGCUCAUCGACCCCAACCUGGGCUUCCCCUCCUUCUUCGUCGUCGACAAGCUGUUCGAGGACGGGGUCAAGCUGCCGAAGGCCGACCAGCUCGGCUUCCUCCACGGCGUCGUGCCGCGCCUGCUCCAGAUCCUCCGCGACGGGCCCGGCGACCAAGUACUGCUCUUCGACACGCCCGCCAAUGUCCAGAAGGACAAGUUUGCAUGGUUAAGGGACGAGGAGUUUGCCAGGGAGACGCUUGCCGGUAUCAAUCCGUACGCGAUCGAGCUCGUCAGGGAGUUUCCUCUGAAGAGCAAGCUCGACCCGGCGGUGUACGGGCCAGCGGAGUCGGCGAUCACCGCCGAGAUACUGGAGAGGCAGAUGGGGCACAGCAUGACGGUCGCCGAGGCGGUGAAGCAGAAGCGGCUCUUCAUGCUUGACUACCACGACCUGUUCCUGCCGUACGUGCACAAGAUCCGGGAGCUGGAGCACACUACCAUGUACGGCUCCCGCACCAUCUUCUUCCUCAGCGACGACUGCACGCUGCGGCUGCUCGCCAUCGAGCUCACCCGGCCGGCGUCGCCGACGCAGCCGCAGUGGAGGCGGGUGUUCACCUCGUCCACGGACACCACGGAGUCCUGGCUGUGGCGGAUGGCCAAGUCGCACGUCCGCGCGCACGACUCCGGCCACCACGAACUCAUCAGCCACUGGCUUCGCACGCACUGCGCGGUGGAGCCGUACAUCAUCGCGGCGAACCGGCAGCUCAGCGAGAUGCACCCCAUCUACCAGCUGAUGCACCCGCACUUCCGGUACACCAUGCGGAUCAACGCGCUCGCGCGGACGGCGCUGAUCAAUGCCGGCGGCAUCAUCGAGCUCUCCUUCUCGCCGCAGAAGUAUUCCAUGGAGCUCAGCUCCGUCGCGUACGACCAGUUCUGGCGCUUCGACACGGAGGCCCUCCCCGCCGACCUCAUCCGCAGGGGAAUGGCCGAGGAGGAUCCCAAGGCAGAGCACGGCCUGAAGCUCACGAUCAAAGACUACCCGUUCGCCAACGACGGCCUCCUAAUAUGGGACGCCAUCAAGAGCUGGGUGCAGGCGUACGUCUCGCGGUUCUACCCGGACGCCGGCAGCCUGGCCGGCGACGCGGAGCUGCAGGCGUUCUGGACGGAGGUGCGGACCGUGGGCCACGGCGACAAAAAGGACGCGCCAGGGUGGCCGACGCUGGACUCGCCGGAGAGCCUGGCGCACGCGCUUACGACCAUGAUCUGGGUCGCGUCGGCGCACCACGCCGCCGUCAACUUCGGGCAGUACGACUUCGGCGGCUACUUCCCCAACCGGCCGUCCAUCGCGCGCACCAACAUGCCGAUAGAGGAGCCCGUGGACGACGCCGCGCACGCGGCAUUCCAGGACAACCCGGACCAGGCACUCCGGGAGUGCUUCCCGUCGCAGGUGCAGGCGACGCUGGUGAUGGCUGUGCUGGACCUGCUGUCCACGCACUCCCCGGACGAGGAGUACCUCGGCGGGCUGGAGACCGCGCCGUGGAACGACGACGCCGCAGUGCAGGCGGCGUACAGGCAGUUCAACGCGCGGCUGAAGGAGAUCGAGGGGAUCAUCGACGCGAGGAACACGGACCGGAGGCUCAAGAACCGGUGCGGCGCUGGCAUCGUGCCGUACCAGCUCAUGAAGCCCUUCUCUCAGGCCGGUGUCACGGGCAAGGGCAUCCCUAACAGCACGUCCAUCUGAGUGCUUCCUGCAUCUAAUUCCUAGGAUUCAUCGUCAGUGGAAGAUCCAGAUUUCAAGCACUAGGGAUGCAAACUUUCUAAAAUGCUCUACAAUAGAUUCAUUUUCACCUUUUUAUAUUACUAGUUCAAUACACUUGCGUUGUAAUGAAGUACAAUAUUUACCGUAAAUAAUAUAGGUUACUGGGUGUUCUCGUC